AUGUCUAAUAUCAGACAAUUAAGACUUCAUGUUCACCUAAGUAAUGAGAGUUUGCUGCUUCACUCAGCAAUUUAUGAGAAAGUCAACAAGUUGCCAUCAAAGAGAUAUAAAAACUAUGAUGAUGAGAUUGAUGAUCUGAACCAGAAAGCAUUCUCAUCUCUUUUCAGAGCUAAAAGACUAAAUGGUUCUGUUACCAGUUUAUUUGAAGACGGGAAAAAAUUGAAGAAGUUGGCCAAAUUACCAGAAAUGAAAGGUUUAAUGACUGACAUCAUUAACAUGAUCAACUAUAUCAAACAGAUCAAUAUAGGUAAAAAACAAGAAACACUGGAAGAGCUGUUGGAUAAAGCUCAUAAACUUAAGAAGGCAAUUAAUGACAGAAACUUUAUGAAACCUCGGCAAAAAUCUGAAAAGGAGUUGGAUGAAGCUAACGAAACUAUGCGCAAAGUCAAUCGACUAAAGCAGCCAGUUAUUAAUGAGCAAAAGAAACUCAAUAGAACAAAAGAAAAAAUUAAUGAUAUGGAAAAGAGACUGAUGGCAAUUGCUAAAGAUAUCAAGGAUAGUAAAGUUAAUUCUGUUACUGCUUUGAGAAUGCUAAAGGCCAUAGAAAACAGCAAAGAGUUGGAAUUUGAAGAACAGUUGAAAAAGAAUAUAUCAGAAAUAGAAAAACUUCAAGAUAUGACUCGAGAUAAUCUAACUAAAACUGAAGAUGUUGUGGAUGAUAUCAAGAAAAAGAAUAAGAUGCUGCCAAAACUGCUUUCCAGGCUUGAUGCGGCCAUAGAUCGACUACGUUUUGAUGUGGCAAAUAAAUAUGACAACAAAAUUAAGCCAGUGAAAGAUUUGGUUGAGAAAGCUCUUAACCAUUCAGACUCUCUUGUCGAUGCCUUUGACCUUAUACAGAAACAAUACUUCACAUUUAAAAACCAGUCUGAUCCAUCUCUUGUUGCUGCCACAGCAUAUAAGAAAAUAGUUGAUUCCAUUAAUGAGGCACAGAAAGCAGCCAAGAAUGCCCUCAAUAAAAGCACUAUAGCACAGAAAGAGCUAAAAGGAGUAAGUAAGGCAGCAGAGAAAUCCAAAGAUGUGAGCGAAAAGAAUUUGAAACAAGCCAAGAAUGUCGACAAAUCUCUGAAAAGUUGGGAAAAUGCUCUUGAUGAUGUCAAAAGAAAAGUUGACCAAGUUGAAAAGGGAAAUGAAGAUAUUAAAGAUAAACUUGCUUCAAUCAAGAUCAAACCAUCGGGUCUGAAGAAGAAAGCUGAUGCUAUAUCGAAUCAAGCAGACAAGACAUCAGACACCAGUAACAAGUUAUCUAACAAAGCAGAUGAUAUCAUUGAUGAAAUGAAGAAAUAUAAGGAUUUAGAAAAGGUCAACUUACAAAAGAUAAAGCAGCAAAUUGAUGCCAGUCUUUCUCAAACUAAUGUGAAAGUGAAGGUAAAUGAUAUCAUUUCCAAAGUAGUCAAUAUGAGCAGUGAAGUGAAUUCUUUGAAGUCCAAGUCUGACAAAGCUGCGGUAGAUUUAAAACAUCUUAGGAAGCAAAUUGAAUUAGCAAGAUCAGCAGCCAAUGCAAUUAUUGUGAGCUUGAAAAUGUUCCCUAACACCACUCUACAACUACGUAGCCCUUCUGUACCAGGCUCUUAUUCCAACAACAAAAUACAAAUGUUUAUCAAUCCAGUAUCUAACAAUGGGUUGUUGGCUUAUAUUGGCAAUCCAUUUGAACCGGCUCCUUUAAAUGAGGAUUUUCUUGCUUUGGAAUUGGUCGAUAACUACGUUGUAAUGAAAUAUAAUCUGGGAUCUGGCAUAACAACUGUUAAAAACCAAUUAUUUGUUCAACCAAAUGUUUGGCACUAUAUUGAAGCUAAAAGAACUGGUUCAUCGGUUGAACUUCUUGUAUCAAAUGGAAACAAAUCAGAAGUUGCAACAGACAAGUCUAACAGUGCCUUUUCUUUGUUGGAACUCAAUCCUGAAACAACCCACUUUUAUAUCGGAGGUUACCCAUUCAAUAUGAAUAAUAGGAUUCCCUCCAGUGUUACCCGAAAUAGAUACCAUGGAGCAAUAGAAGGUUUCACGUUCAAUGAUUACAUCUUAGGGCUGUGGAACUUUGCUUUUGGAGAAAAUAAUUUUGCAGGAUUCCGCAAUAGAAAAGUAUCUGCAACUACUGUAAACGAUGGUUAUCGCUUUGAUGGGAGAAGUUAUGCCAAACUGAAAGUUCAGCCAACUUUUUCAUCUAGAUUUGCAAUAUCAAUGGAAUUUAAAACCUCUAAACCAAAUGGCUUGUUGAUGUUGAUGUAUCAUAACAGUGAGACUGAUUUUGCUUCACUUCACCUUGAAGAUGGUCACCUGGUCUACCAGUAUGAAUUAGGUAGUGGACGUCUUGUUCUGAGAACUAACAACACUUUUAAUGAUGGAAAAUGGCACAGUGUAAAGGUCAGCAGGAGAAAACAGCAGGGUUUGAUAAAAUGUGAUUCAGUGCUUUAUACUGGGAAUUCUCCUGGAAAUAUGAACAGGCUGUCAGUAAACGAGUUCUAUGUUGGUGGAUAUACAGUACUACCUCCAAAUAUUUUAAUUCAAAAGAAUGUCUCUGAUUAUGGUUUUGUUGGUUGCAUCAGAAAUCUACAAAUAGAUUUGAUAUCUGAAGGAUUCAAAGAAAAAGAAGAAUUAUACCAGAUGAGUGCUGGCUGCCCAUCUUUAAUUGCACAGUCAGUACGAUUCCCACCAUUUGGAAACGACUAUGUAUUCAAGUCUUACCAGAUGCAGAUGUUAGGAUUUGUUUUCCAUCUAAUUCUGAAAUUCAGAGUUGGCUUACAAAAAAGCAAUAGCAUUCUAGUACAUGCAUCUAUAGAUGGCGGCACACAAACAUUUACAGUUUUCCUGAAAGAUGGUAAAAUCACAGUAAUGGAUAUCAAUAAAGGUCAAGUAACAAGUAACACAAGUAUCAAAAACAGCUACUCAGAUGAUCAAUGGCAUUACAUCACAAUAUUAUUCAGGAAAAAACACUUGAAACUGAAUAUUGAUGACAAAGAAGAAAUGAAGAUUAAACAAUCCAAUCAAAAACGUAACAAAAUGGACUUAUACAUUGGAGGGGUACCAUCAAAUAUCAUUAAAAACAAACAAAUUCCUCAGAAAUCUUUCAAUGGUUGCAUUGAAGAUGUUAUCAUUAAUGGAGAAUUAUUUGACUUCAAUCAAGCUCAGCUAUCAACAGGAGUACAGCUUAACUUUUGCAAACAAAAUAUUCCCAAACCAACAAAUUUAACUCCAAUAGAUAUACCAUCCUAUAACAGUACUCAUUGUGCAUUACCUGAGGUCCCUGAAAAGUCAUUAUCUAUCUCUGGCCAAAGGUUUGGCACCACAGGAAGCCUCAGUUGGUGGCAUUUUGAAAUACCUCACCAAAGCAAAGUAUCAAAUUUCAUUACAUUAGAAUUUAAUACCAGAAAGGAAGAUGGCCUGCUACUAUAUGCCUCAGAUAAGAAUCACAAUGACUUCUUAGCUGUUUACCUUGAAAAAGAAUAUGUAGUGUUUGCUUUCAACUGUGGUGGUGGAACAUCCCGUCAGCAGUCUACAUUAAAAGCCAAUGAUGGACAUUGGCAUACGCUGUCAAUAAAACUGGAGAAAAAGGAAGCUGCUUUACAAGUCGAUCGAGAACCCCUAAUUCGGUUCACUGGAAAAGGAAAGUCGAAAGAGCUCAAUGUUCAGAAAGAGAUCUAUGUUGGCGGCAUCCAACCACAACCUAAGAAGUUCAUUGAUAAUGUCAAUGCCAAUAAAAUAAGCACCGUGGACCGGUUCUACGUUGGAACUGAUCUAACAGUUGCCUUUGAAAUGAAACCUCGGACUAUUAAUGGCGUUCUCUUUGCUGUUCAUGCUGUCAAAGAAUAUUUAGUAAUUGGACUUAAAGAUGGAAAUAUUUAUGCUACUGCUAAUAAUGAAGGUAAUGAAUUCACUGCCAAAAUAAAUUCACAACGCAAUAUGACCAUUUGUAAUGGGAAAUGGUAUACGGUUGAAAUGGAAAAGUAUAAGCACUUCCUUACAUUAAGUGUGUCUAACUUCCCAAGAAAAGAAGUAUUUGGUAAACAAGGUAUCAGUGAGACAAAGACUAAUGAUCCCCUCUACAUUGGAGGCAUACCAAACCCUGGUGUCAUCACUCUUGGAGUACAGUCAGUCAAACCUUAUAUUGGGUGUAUCAAAAAUCUAAUGAUCAAUUCGAAGAAGUAUCAAUUAUAUUCUGGCACACCCAGUGGAGAUGUUCAAUUGGGUUCAUGUCCCAAGAUCUAAAAUGGUCUAGCUAUUGAAAAACCACCUGACUCUAACUCAUCAAGCAUUUUCAUUUUGCAGUGAAAUGCUUUUGUCUUUGUUAUUAUGGAAUAUCCAAAUGGGUUUCAUUUACAGGUAUCUUUAUUUACAGAGUUAGUUAUAGUUUAUAUUUCAUGACAAUGAUGUACUUGUGUAUUAUAGGAAUAAACAAAUUAAAAUAGGAAACAUGAAGAUGGCUUCCAAGAAAUCUAUACUUGCAACACCUUAAUUUUCCUUCAAUUUUAGUUAGGAGUGGUAGGAGAAGGAUAAAUACAUAUAUGUGUGUGUGUGUAUAUAUAUAUAUAUAUAUACAU